GCAGCUCAACGCUAACCUCCGUGCCUGGCUCGACAUCGCUGGUCGGGGUAUCAUUGUAUUGUGUGGUCGGGCAGCGGUGGUAAUUCCGACCAGAACCAUCGAGACCGCCCACCAUGUCCUCUUCCUCCUCCUCCACCCCGCUGGCAACCCAACCCCCACCUACUCCAACCUAUCAGCUCACCUACCCAGCACCCUACGUGAUCCUGAUCACCAUAAACCGCCCCAAACAAAUGAAUAGCCUCCCCUAUGCCAGUCACUGGGAAGCAGACGCCCUCCUCCAGUGGUUCGACUCCGAACCUUCCCUCCGCGUGGCCGUAGUAACCGGCUCCGGCCGAGCCUUCUGCGCAGGCCAAGACCUAAUCGAGCAACGCGACCUCGCCAACCUGCGUGAAGCGGCCGCGCGAGGCGACGCAGAUGCAAAGGCGAAACUCCCCGACAAACGGCUGCUUACUCACCCACCAAGCGGGUUUAUGGGGAUCAGUCGGCGGGCGGGCAAGAAACCCGUCAUAGCCGCCGUUAAUGGCUGGGCAAUGGGCGGCGGGUUUGAGGUUUGCUUGGGUUGCGACAUGAUCAUCGCCAGCCCCCAAGCCACAUUCGGUCUUCCAGAAGCCAUGCGCGGCCUCUACGCAGGCGCAGGCGGGCUUUCCCGACUCGUCCGUCUAGCUGGUAUGACGAUCGCAAGCGAGAUCGCAAUGUCCGGCCGCUUUCUCUCCGCGCAGGAAGCAGCACAAUACGCAAUCGCAAACCGGGUGUCAAAGACUCAUGAGAGUUGUGUGGGGGAGGCGGUGGAGUUGGCGGCGAAGGUGGCCAGCUUGAGCCCGGAUGCGAUUGUGGUGACGAGACAUGGGUUGAGGCAGAGUUGGGAGACGGCGAGUGUGGAGCGGGCGAGUCAGGAGACGGAGUUGCGGUAUGGAGCGGCGUUGCGGGAUGGGGAGAAUUUGGGGAUUGGGUUGCGGGCGUUUGCGGAGAAGAAGCAGCCGCAGUGGGUGCCGUCGAAGUUGUAGCGGAAAACGUUUCCACGCUUUCAUGUCGGUUAUUGAGCUUCAAUGUCGACUGUCCUGUAGCAGGGCCUUGUCAAGCUCUUUGCCCGUCUUAACGUCCGCCGGGACGUCCUCCAGACAGCAUAUAUCUUUCUCCGCCUUCUACGCGGUAUUGCCAGAAGAUGCUUGCAGAGGCGGUCGGAGGAGGUCUACCAUUGAUG